GCAACCUGGUUCUGGUCGUGCUGAGCCUGUGGCCAGAUCACGUCUUUGCCCCUGGCCCACCUCCCGGUCCCCCACGAGCCUCCCCAGACCCUCGAGCCGAGCUGGACAGCGCCGUCCUCCUGACCAGAGCUCUCCUGGCCGACACUCGGCAGCUCGCAGCACAGCUGAAAGACAAGUUCCCAGCUGACGGGGACCACAGCCUGGACUCGCUGCCCACCUUGGCCAUGAGCGCAGGGACGCUGGGAGCCCUGCAGCUGCCUGGCGUGCUGAUAAGGCUGAGGGCCGAUCUUCUGUCCUACCUACGCCACGUGCAGUGGCUGCGCCGGGCGGGUGGCCCUUCCCUGCGGACUCUGGAGCCCGAGCUGGGGGGCCUGCAGGCCCGGCUGGACCGGCUCUUGCGCCGUCUACAGCUCUUGAUGUCCCGCCUGGCCCUGCCCCAGGCGCCCCCAGACCCUCCGGCGCCCCCGCUGGCCCCUCCGUCCUCCGCCUGGGGCGGCAUCAGGGCGGCGCACGCCAUUCUGGGGGGGCUACAUCUCACGCUUGACUGGGCCGUGCGGGGACUGCUGGUGCUGAGGACCCGGCUGUGACCCCUGGACCCAGAGCCUUGAUCGUCCUUGAAGCCAGAUCUUAUUUAUUUAUUUAUUUCGGGACUGGGGGCGUGGCGGCCAAGGGACC